AUGUCAACCUAUGUAGCCACAUCCCCGGAAGCACUCCGUGCAGCUUUCACAGCGCUCGGAAAUGCACUCGGUGGUGAAAAGUACGCCCUUGUCGGAGGCGGUGCUUGUGUGGCGUUAGGCUCCCAGCGAGCAACCCAAGACAUCGACAUUGUUGUCCUUCGGGGCCACACUCCUGAUACGAGAAAGCUGCUACGCAACUCCCCCGACUUUGAGGUUGAACCAAGAACAUCUCACACCUAUUACAGGGCUGCGGAGGCUGUGGAGAUCGAGAUCCUCGCGCCUCCUGCUUUGUUCCGGGAAACAUUCGACGAAACCACCGAAGUGAUCGCAAUCGGAAACUUGAAGGUUCUGAAGCCGGCAUUACUUCUCAAUGCAAAAUGCGGGUCGAUCGUCAGUCGGGCCAGUGAAGCUAAGAGGAGAACCGAUGCUCAAGAUAUCAUCUUCCUUCUUAGUUACUGCGCUGGCAACUCUGCCGAACUUCCAAAGGGGCCUGAGGUUCCUAACGCGAGCAAAGAAUUUGUUGAAGCAUUUGUCCAAAAGUACGGCGCUGAGGAGUCUUGGACUAGAGCUGGAUAUGACCUGCAAAUGGGCUUGCUGCUUUACAAGGACCUAGUGUGUCUCGAAGCUCAAUGGUUCUAA